UCAAAUUUCAAUUUUCGCAAAAAAGGACAAGGGCUUCACUUCUAGAUCUGUCCUCCUCUCCCUCUCUUCCCCCGAUCUGCUUCUGGUGUGUCGUUUUCCCGUUCUUCUGUCUCCGCUCUGAUCGGCGGUCGUCGUCCACCUUUCUCCGUUGAUGGCCGUGACGCUGCAGCCUUACUAACUUCUUUUUGUCCAUUUUGAACGUCCAUCAAGCUGAGGUUGAUUUUGCUUCAAAACUCUCGAGGCAGUUUUUCUGCAACUUCUUUACAGUUUGAACAUUUUGCGAGGGAGAUCGUCUUCCAACUUGUAGAAAAUGGAAAAUUCAAAAAUUCAAGAGAUAUUGGAGAAGCAGGUGCUGACGGUGGUGAAGGCCGUGGAGGACAAGAUUGAUGACGAUAUUGCAGCGCUAGAUCGUCUGGACCUUGACGAUUUAGAGGCUUUGAGGGAGCGAAGAUUGCAGCAGAUGAAGAGGAUGGCGGAGAAGCGUAGUCGAUGGAUCUCCCUUGGCCAUGGCGAAUACUCUGAGAUUCCCGUCGAGAAGGACUUCUUCUCCGUAGUCAAGGCUAGUGAUCGCGUGGUCUGCCACUUUUACCGUGAAAAUUGGCCCUGCAAGGUUAUGGACAAGCACUUGAAUAUCUUGGCAAAGCAACAUAUCGAGACUCGUUUUGUAAAGAUCAAUGCUGAGAAAAGUCCAUUUCUGACUGAGAAGUUGAAGAUAAUUGUUCUUCCAACCCUUGCUCUUGUCAAAAAUGCAAAAGUAGAAGACUAUGUGGUGGGAUUUGAUGAGCUUGGUGGAACUGACGAAUUCAGCACAGAGGAAUUGGAAGAGAGGUUGGCGAAAUGUCAAGUCAUCUUCUAUGAAGGUGAAUCGUCCAUAAAUGCAUCAAAAUCUAGUGCACAAACCAGGAGGAGUGUGCGGCAAAGUGCCAGAGCAGACUCAUCAGAUUCGGAAUAAAUGAACAUUCCAGUUGUGGGAGGGUUACCGGGUAUGCAUAUGCACUUGUUCUCGAUAAAAAUUUGAGUGACCUUAGCGUGUUGUUCAUAUCGUCCCUUGAAAAGCAGAAAUGUGGCAUGUUUGCUUGCUUUGAUGCAAUGGUUGCACUAUUUUUAGUUCAUGAUAUCUGUCAAGUUCUUGCAGUUGCUGUUUACUAGAAAAAUUGAAGUUAUUGGUUUAAAAACAUGAAACCAUCUUGCAUACCGAAACAUGGGGGGAGUCUAUUGGAUCGAGCAGUUACAUAGUCUGUAUAGAUAUUCCAAGGUGUAAUUGCAUGUGUUAGUGUUUUUUUAAAUCAACUGAUGGUAUAACAUCAUUCAUAAGAAAUGACCAAAUAUCAUGCUUUUGGACUUGCCCUGCGUGCUCUGCUGGUGCGUGCUAUAUCAUUAGUGUAAAGCAUGUUUUGAGUCCUUUUUAGUAACCUGUAACCAUUGUUUGGGGCCCGAUUCACGGUUGUUACUACUAACAGAGAUCAUAUUUUAUAAAAACGUUUCACGUUGUAUAUUAUUUAUUAAAAUUUCAUGUAUAUUAAAAAUGUUAUCAAAUAAGAUAGGUUACAAAAAUAAGCUAAAGAAUCUACUGAAGAAAGUGACAGCAUAUAUAAACUGCUGGUGUGAUAAUAUAUGGUUCUGUUUAUAUUUUUGGAAAUGGGUGUUAGGCCCUUUCAUUAAUUUCUACCAUCUAUCUCUCCUAAAAUCAUAACAAAACUAUGGCUGUCGCUUUUAACACUCCUAAAACCAUUGAAAGG